UUGUGAAUUGAAAUAUUACUUGAAUUUAUAGGUGAAUAAAAUGGAUAAGAAUGAUAAACUGAAAAUAACCCAGAACCUGAUAAGACUGGUCGCCUCUACAAAGAUGAAUCCUGAAUUAGAAAGAAGAUUGAUCGAAUACGAAAUCUUCACUGAAAAUAUGUUAAGUGGAAUUAAGAUUGAUUCUUUAAGAACGGUUCAAAACCUUUUUCUGAAAGUACAGACAAGAGGACCUGAAGCAUUCAAUGGAUUAGUUCGUGCAUUAGUUGAUUCGGGAAAUCACGCCGCUGCCAGGAUUCUAGAUCCACUGGUGGAAGAAACAGACGAAAAUAAUGGCAAUACUGAAAAUGAAAUGAUUGACGAAUCUGAGGUUGUAGUCCGAUCAGAAGAAAUAUACACAUCCUUUCCGAGCAUUAAUAGUUCAUAUUAUGAACCUCCUCCUAUACAAGUUGAGAGUAUACAACCUUUAGAGGUGAAGGUCAUCAAGGCAACGCAGCUAAUCAAAGGUCACAAUAUAUAUCCUAUGCUUUCAAAACCAAGGGGAUAUGCUCUACUUAUAAACAAUGAGACGUUUGAGAACCCAAUGUUAACGAAUAGAAAAGGUUCAGAGGUUGAUGCAAACAAUCUUGAUCUACUCCUAGGAGAACUAGGGUUUAAAGUCACCUGGAGAUCCAACCUUUCUUAUAGAGAUAUGUGUAAACAAAUCCUUCAGUUUAGAAAUAAACCAGAACAUCAACAGGCUGAUAUGGCAAUUAUCUGUAUUCUCUCGCACGGACAAAAUGAUGUUAUAGCUGGUAGUGAUGGUAGAGAGAUGAAAACUGAUUGGCUGGUGGAACAGUUUAGUAAUACUAAUUGUCCAGGACUAAGGGGUAAGCCUAAGUUUUUCAUAUUGCAAGCUUGCCGUGGAGAUAGUUCUGACCCAGGUAGCGUACCUCAGAGAACGGUUGCUGUAAAUCGAGUAGAGACUGAUGCUAUACCAAUCAGUCCACAGCAGAAGGAUCCAUCUAUUGAGGAUAUUCUUAUAGCCUUUUCUACUCUACCUGGCUACGUGGCUAACCGGGAUAUAUACCGAGGAACCUGGUUUAUUGAGAGUCUUGUUCAGAUUUUCAUGGAUAGGGCUUUUACUGCAGAUAUCAGGGAUAUGUUGGACCUAGUCGCUAGAAGGUUAAGAUGUUAUGAGAGUGAGAUUGGAACAAAACAAUCAUUUGAGUACAGAGUUUACCAUUUUACAAAAAAGCUUUACUUUAACCCUGGAGUUCAAGAGGCUUGACGAGGCUUGACGAAGGCUUGACGAAGGCUUGACGAAGGCUUGACGAAGGCUUGAUUAAGGCUUGAUGAAGGCUUGAAGGAGGGAUGAUGGGAGUUUGAUUGUGGCGUUUGGAGUCUUUUAGAGGCUUCAUGUAGGCGGCACGGAAUUUAUAACACAGCUAAAGAUAUCUUAGAAAAAUUGAUUAAACUUAUAUUUAUUUUAUUUCAAUGG